AUGGCCGCCGUUGACAUCUCUUCAAAUGAGCUGAGUGCGACCGCAAGACCCGCAGAGCCACUACUUGCAUCCCACUUGAUCGACGAUGAAGACCUCGAUGAGCUGCUAGAGAGCGUGUGCAACGUCACUCUUGGAACGAAAGAAAAGAGUGAGAAGGAACAACUGCAGACUGGAGUCAAGAGCUUGGACGAUGCACUCGGUGGCGAGUUACAGAGUGGCAGGGUCGUAGAGGUCAGUGGAGAAGUUGGAGCUGGUGCGAGUGAGAUCUGCUGUACACUGCUUGUCAACUCUCUGCUCCGAUAUGAGACCUCGACGGCUGCUGUUGUUGAUACGACAGGUAACUUCGAUGUCCUACGACUUUAUACGAUCAUCGUUGCGCAACUGUCUCGACAGCCAGAUUUCACAGCUUCAUUGCGCUCUUCAUCUAAUCUGGGACCUGGAGCUUCGACUGAGGAUCUGGCAGCUAUGAUCCUUGACCGUGUCAAGCUUAUGAGGGUCUUCGAUUUCGUUGGUGUGAGAGAAGCGGUUGGUGAGAUUCGGGAUGAGAUUGAAGGCAAGAAGGUCGUGGAACCCAUUCUACGGACUGCGGAGAGGCAAGAAGAUGUACCAACUGAGCAAGCUGCGGAAGACCAGCCACCAACCGAGAGGGUGAAGACGAAGCGGACAUAUGUCGCAGAUAGCGAGGAUGAGGAAGAAGACGAGGAGAUGCUAUUCGAUUCAGAAGUUACCAUGACCGCAGCAGCACAGCCCGUACAAGACCCAGAGCCAGGGCAGGCGCAGCACCCAACGCCAAUGAAAACGACAGAAACUACGCGCGCAGAAGCAGAACGAGGCCAAACCAAACUCAUACUAAUCGACAACAUCGCUCAGGUCUUCCACCCUUUAUUGAAGAAAGAUUACAUUCAAGGUAUCCUCCUCUAA